UGAAUUGGUUCAAAAACAACAGGUGUUUGUCAUUGGAAUGGGUUCUUACGAAUGGCUCUUUACAGACAUAACAAAUUAUUUGGUAGGUUACGCGGUUGUGCGCGGGUUAGGGGCGCAUGACAGAUUGGUGAAGAGUAAUGAUCUUGACGGACAUAAUGCUCCUAUUGGUUGGUUACGACAGUUAUGCGCGGCAAUGGUCUUUCCGAAUUCCAGUGGAUAUAGUUCAGCAAAAGAUUUGGUAACGAAAAUCUUAAACUCAGGUGGAUUUGGUUCAAUAACUACAAGUAACGAAGGUAAUAACCUUGAUGGAUGUAACGCUCUUAUUGGUUGGUUACGACAGUUAUGCGCGGCAAAGGCCUUUCCGAAUUCUGGUGAAUAUGGAUCUGGUAACGAAAAUCUUAAACUCAGUGUUUGUCAUUGGAAUAAUGAUCUUGAUGGAUGUAACGCUCCUAUUGCAAAGGUCUUUCCGAAUUCCAGUGGAUAUGGUUCAGCAAAAGAUCUGGUAACAAAAAUCUUAAACUCAGGUGGAUUUGGUUCAAUAACUACAAGUAACGAAG